UCCUGACUGAACCAUGUCAGAAAGCAUACUAGAAGACCUCUUCAUCAAACGAUCUCAGCAGAAGAAGAAGACCUCCCCUUUGAACUACAAGGAGAGAUUGUUUAUUCUCACCCCGGAAAAAAUAGCCUACUAUGAUUUUGAUGCUGACAAAGGGAAGCGAAAAGGUUUGAGGGGAUCAGUUGACCUCGAGAAGAUCAAGUGUGUAGAGACGGUCCAGGCAGAGCCAAAUUCCCCGCCAGAGCGCAUGUACGCUUUCCAGAUCAUUUAUGAUGAGGGGCCGCUGUACAUCUUUGCAAAGAACGAGGAUGUUCGGGCUCAGUGGAUAAAGAAGCUGAAAGAAAUGGUGCGCUUCAACAAGGACCUCAUGCAGAAGUACCAUCCUUGUUUCUGGGCGGACGGGACGUGGCUGUGCUGCAAGCAGGAAGUUAAACAAGCUAUGGGCUGCAAGGUGCUGGAUAGUAAGAACGGCUUUACAUCUAAAGCAUCUCGGCGAAGGGGGUCCAGGAAACCUCUUCCUCCUACCCCAACAGAGGAGAAGUGUGUUCGGCCUUUACCUCCACAGCCUCCUGAGGCGCCCUCCCAAUCUGUAGGCAUGACUGUCAUAGCAGAGUAUAGCUACACAGCCAUUAGCGACCAACACCUGGAGCUGACGAAGGAUGAAGAGUACACCAUCCUGGAGAUGCCUGAUCAGAACUGGUGGAAAGCCAGAGACAAAUAUGGGAAUGAAGGAUAUAUACCUUGUAAUUAUGUCGUGGAAGCCAAAAAUGGGCUAGAUAGAUUUGACUGGUAUUGCAAGAAUACGAACCGCAGCCAGUCAGAAAAACUGUUAAAGACUGAGAACAAAGACGGAGGCUUCCUGGUACGGGACUCAAGCAAGGCCGGGAAAUACACCGUGUCUUUGUUCAGUAAGACUGGCGGGGACGCUGGUGGGAGCUGCAGACAUUAUAACAUCUGCACCACCUCACAGGGCCAGGUUUACCUGGCAGAGAAGCAUAAUUUCAGCACCAUCCCAGAGCUCAUCAAUUACCACCAGCACAAUGCAGCAGGUAUGGUUAGCAGGCUGAAAUACAUCGUAUCUAACCGGGCACGGCCUCCAUCAACAGCAGGGCUUGGCUAUGGUAUGUGGGAGAUCGAUCCCCUUGACCUCACCUUCCUCAGGGAGCUGGGCACUGGCCAGUUUGGAUUGGUGAAGUACGGAAAGUGGCAGGGCCAGCAUGACGUUGCCAUUAAGAUGAUCAGAGAGGGCUCCAUGUCUGAAGAUGAUUUCAUAGAAGAAGCCAAAAUCAUGAUGAAGCUUCGCCAGGAAAACCUGGUCCAGCUGUACGGCGUGUGCACCAAACAAAGACCCAUUUAUAUAGUGACUGAGUUCCUGUCUAAUGGCUGCCUGCUGACGUACCUCAGGGAGGGCCUGAAGCAGCACCCGACGGCCGUCCAGCUCCUAGAGAUGUGUAAAGACGUCUCCGAGGGCAUGGCCUAUCUGGAGGCACAGCAGUACAUCCACAGAGACCUGGCUGCCAGGAACUGUUUAGUCGAUGGGAAUGGCACCGUCAAAGUGACUGACUUUGGACUGUCAAGGUAUGUCUUAGAUGAUGAGUACACAAGCUCAGCAGGUUCCAAGUUUCCUGUUCGCUGGUCGCCUCCUGAGGUCCUCCUCUACUGCAAAUUCAGCAGCAAGUCAGACAUAUGGGCAUAUGGGGUUCUUCUGUGGGAGGUGUACACUUUGGGGCGACUUCCGUAUGAGCGCCUUAGCAACACGGAAAUAGUGGAACAGGUGUCCAGAGGCCUUCGCCUCUACCGCCCCCAGCUGGCCAACGACAGGGUCUAUGGCAUUAUGACUAGUUGCUGGUAUGAUAAAGCAGAUGAGAGACCCAACUUCCAGGAGCUGAAGGUGACUGUUCAGGAUUUGCUGUACGAGCUCCAGUAGACGUCAAAAUAAUCACAGCACGCCACAACACAAACAGUUCACUCUGAUCCUCACAGAGCAGCGUCUCCCGUCUGUCUCCUGGAAAGAUAACAUAAAUCAUUAAACAGCCUACAGAUUGAACAUGGCACUGCACAGCCACACUGAGUUUCCUCUGUAAUGUGAAUAUGUGUAAUAUGAAUGCCACUAUAACUCAUUGAUUAGAAUAUCCUUUCUAUUGCAUUACUAGAAGUACAGUCCUAUAGGCUAUAGCGUUUAAAAUGUGUAUAUUGUAUUGAAGGUUAUCUGUCUUUAUUGUAUCCUGUGGAAUCAUUGUGAAAUGUGUAGAAACCUCUGCAUGUGAAAACAAGCUUUGUCAAAACAUAUCUAUUGCACAAAAUAAAAGCCAAGUAUGCUGGGCAUUGAAAUGACUCAAA